AUGGCUACAAAAGACGACGACAGUAUCUCCCUCACCUCUACUGUUGAAGACGAAGUCGAUCCAGACACGCAAUGGACAGUGAAACAAAUUCUCGCCGACGGUCAGGUUGAGGGCGAGACCAAGUAUCUCAUUGAAUGGGAAGACUUUCCUCUUAGUGCAUGCACAUGGGAGCCCAAAGAACACCUUCCAGAAAGCCUGCUGGAAGAAUGGGCUCAGAACAAACAAAACCAACAAGAGCGCAACGCAUCCAGGCUUCAUAUCGAGGAGUGGCGCAUUGCAAUAAUACAACUAUAUCGAGCCAAAUAUGCUCGCCAUGAAAUGCGAAACUGCAUACGUCGGCGCAAAAAGUUGAGAAUGGCCAGAUAUCCAAAGUCAUUAGAGCAACUAAUCGCUGAGAUCAACGCCACUCCAAGUGACCAGCCAAAAGCCACAGAGGACAAUACUCCUGCCAUUAUAAAUGCGGCAGAGUGUGUCUCUGUCGAUACGGUUGCAUCUUUUCCUGCUGGCACACCAGAAUCUGUUAUCGCCAUUGCAACUGAACCUGCUAGUCAGGAGGCAGACAUCUUCGAAGCCCGCUCUCGUCGCUCAUCGAUCGAUGAUUUAUUUUCAGAUCCUGACUCAGACCUGGAGAUUAGUGCCUACUCUUGGCAUGGCGAUUCGGCCGAUGAAGAAGACGAAGUUGUGACAACAUCCGAGUCAAGUACUAAUUCAAUCUCCAUCCAACGUGUGAGGAUCCAAGAUACAGUGAUGCAAGACGCAAAUCAGCAACUAGAACGCCCGCGACAGAUUCUUGCUGGUAUUGCCAUAGAGCCUGCCGUAUCGAUAUCUCCUGAGAACAACCCCGCAGUACACCUGUCGAGCGCUGAGACUGAUCUCGGCAGCGACGCCAUGGACAUCGAUACGAGUGGAAGUUCGCCGCCAGCUACGCCUUUGCUCACAGGCAUGACUGCAAUGUCUGCCGAUGCUUCAUUGACUGAGACAGUUCUAACAAAAAGGGACACCCAGAACUCCUUCGAAGCAAAACUGGCGGCAGAGAAACCGGAUGUCGAACAGACGACUAGAACUAGUAUCCUGUCUAUUCAAGGCACAUCUGAUCCAGUCAUGUCUACUCUACCAGAACAUUCUACUCUACCCGCACAGUCUCCUCUACCAGCCCAGUCUCCUCGGCCAGCUCAGUCUCCUCUACUAGCACCGUCUCCUCCACCCGCACAGUCUAUUCUACCAGCCCUGCGACCUCAGCCAGCUCAGUCUCUUCUCUCAGCACAGUCAGCACAGUCCAAAAAUUCCAUGAAAAGAGUAACGUUCUCUUUGCCGGGUCCGAUUCAACCAAAGAAUGUCAGCAAAGCCGAACCUAGUCUUUUCGUUUCCGACAACUCUCAUAGACAGGUGACUUUGCCUUCAAGAUCUUUCGAUACACGUUCCAAGGGCCGAGACGAUAUCAGCUACGGCCAACUGAAGACUUGCGUCAUUGGACCUACCAAAUUAACCUGUUCGUUUCACGUCUCUACGCUGCCAGCAGACUCGCAAAUGGUCUUCUAUCGGGAAGUCUUGGAGCUUGAAAUCCUCAAUUUCUCGCACGUCUGCACCGCUCAAGACCUCAUGCAACAGUUGCGUGCUACCGAACUUAGCUCAGGCGUCUGGGUCACAGGAACAAUAUGCUCACCUCUUGAAGCAGAUAAGUUGGAGACAAUUGUGGACUUUCUGAAUGCAUCAUCCUUUGGCUUGCUAUGCUACAGCAAAGAGUUCUGCCUCGUUAUUUACCCAAGUAAAUCUCUUGAUUGGCAGCAAAGUCCCCUCCCGACUUCGCAACCGCCGGCGGGACAUUCACUGCAGUAUCUGGCGUUUGCGCCUGCGACGAGCUUUCAAGUCGACGAUUUAUCGUUGGAGUUCAAUGUUUCGUACUCCUUUGGCGUCACCAUCUUCGACAAACAGCUCUACCGCAAACUAUUACCAAGCAAUGAGCAGAUGGACAAAACUCGCCCAAUCCCGGAUAGUCUUUUUCUCAUGUUCCCACCAUCAGCAAAAGCAGAGGAAGAUUUGCUCUGUCGAUGGCUGAGAGUGUCUAAUAGAAACUGUGAGAUUCGUUCUUGUGCUGUAUCAGGGCACUGGGCAAGGUUUAUCGAGGGUUCCAGAGGGGCAGUGAUCCUCCAUCAGGAUUGCAUUCGACUACUGCAUCGCUUGCCACAAUUGUCGAAGGUACUCCAUCGUCGACACGAAGACUACAAAUUUUGGAUCUUUCGGCUCCCUCUGUGUCCACCAAUUUCUGAAUCAUUGUAUGAGGAAGAGUAUAUGGAGCAAGUUGGCAUUGCUUUGGACUGGGCUUUUCCACCCGGCGUCGCCGUUAUGGCUCCUCCUAGCUUCUUUAUUUCGCAGCCCGUACAGGCGUAUAAUCUACUGAAGUGGAUUUGGCAUAAUUUUUCGGCCGGAGCGUCUGUAUACCUUCGUGGCAAGCUAGUUGUUGCACACAAUAUGGACGGCUGGUUGAUGUCGCUGGCGCUAGAAAAGAAAGGUGCUGAGUCUAUCGAAAUCUCCGAGGUGCGAAGCAAGACAUUUAUGUUGAUGACAAAGCUGGUAGAAGAAGACCCUGAGGACAUUACAUCUCCCGUUAAGUACGCGCCAGUUUGCAUUGACGGCAACGAUGAGCAAAGUCUCGUCAAUUGGUUUGGAUGGUGGAGUACCUCUCAGAUCGACAAGUUUCGAAAAUUCAGCGUCAUUUGCUCAGACAACGACGACGAUGCAAGAUUGUCGAGGUACAUCAAUCGGUUCGCCUUGCGGGGGCUGUUUUCCCAGGCCGGAGGUCACGUUGCGACAUCACAUGCGAAGCGCGUGAGCUUCAAGUUGGUUCAUGACGAUACGCCGCAGUGUUUGAGCACAUAUAUUAGAAGUGUGAGCGCCGAUGCGCACGCGGCCUCGUGGAAUCCUCUCGUAAUCUGUCCAUGGGCUGUCAACCAGCAUGACGGCGUUUCACAAUACGGCGAUGCCAGUCAGUGGGUAGACUACUUUGCGCAACAGUAUAUUCGUCGUUUAAUGGAGGGAACAUACGGAAAGAAGAACACGCAAGUUGGGUUUUUUUACAUGUCAGACAAGCCUCUUGACAAAGCAGCCCCCGUAUAUCCUUGGCUGGCAUUCGUUCGGCCUAUGGAGCUACACCGAAAACCGUGGAAACAUUCCGAGCUACUAUUCUGGGACCUCCGCCUCAAAGACGCGGCGCGCCGGUCUCAGACCAUAUCCAUGUCGGACCUUUCGCCCGCGCAGCGCGACCUCGUCACCGAAGUGACCGAGCAGUAUGCCAAACUAAAACUCCCACUGGGCAAGAUCUGGGCGGGCGGUUUCAAGGGAUCCGGCAUGUACACGGAUCCGCUGGACAUUACCCUCGACUGGAUGAAGGUGCUCGUGGGCAGAGUUAAGGACUGGCUUCCGCUGAGCCACGCAGACAUGUUGAAUCGUGGAUGGAGCGCCGUUCAUGGCUCCGCGCCGCCGGGCGGCGCGGAGACGGGUGAUGAUAAGGCCGCAAAGGAGCCGGCACAGCGCAUACUGUUUCCUCCGCCGAACGGGGGCUCUUUGAAUUCUCAGCCAUAUACGAAUAGGUUGCAUCAGUGGGCCAUGGCUGCGCGCGUCGACAAGGAGUCUCAGUUUACGUAUGUGCCAACGUACGAGUGGUAUCGAAAGCAGCAAGGAUCAGGUCGUGGAUUCGAGCAUAUUCGUUUUUGGUCGUGGAAGGCCUUUUUUGAACAUUACAAGAUUGAUGAUCCAGAGAAGUAA